AACAGUAGCCCUGAUUAAACCAGAUGCAGUAUCAAAGGUUGGAGAAAUAAUUGAAAUAAUAAACAAAGCUGGGUUUACUAUAACCAAACUGAAAAUGAUGACACUUUCAAGGAAAGAAGCAGCAGAUUUUCAUGCAGACCACCAGUCAAGGCCCUUUUAUAAUGAGUUGAUCCAGUUUAUUACCAGUGGGCCGGUUAUUGCCAUGGAGAUUUUAAGAGAUGAUGCUAUCUGUGAGUGGAAAAGGCUGCUUGGCCCUGCAAACUCUGGACUGGCACGUACAGAUGCUCCUGGGAGCAUCAGAGCCCUCUUCGGAACAGAUGGGAUAAGAAAUGCAGCUCAUGGCCCAGAUUCUUUUGCUUCUGCUGCCAGAGUACGGUGUUUAAAAAAUAUUUUACUUUUGUUAAAUGUAUUAUAUCAAAUUAAAGCAUAUGACCUCGAAAUGGUGACAGAAAUGUAUUCUGGCUCUUGUGUAGCAAUGGAGAUUCAACAGAAUAAUCCUACAAAGACAUUUCGAGAAUUCUGUGGACCUGCUGAUCCUGAAAUUGCCCGGCAUUUACGCCCUGAAACCCUGAGGGCAAUCUUUGGUAAAACUAAGAUCCAGAAUGCUGUGCACUGUACAGAUCUGCCAGAGGAUGGCCUCUUAGAGGUCCAGUACUUCUUCAAGAUCUUGGAUAAUUAGCAGGACAGAAAGUAAAGAAGUCACAGACUGGGGCAGUUAGACAAGAAUGAAUCAUGGACAUGAGGAAUGUGUUCAUUCUUUUAUUGUCCAUUGUUUUAACCUGACUGAUACAAGAUCAACAAGAGCACUGUACUCCUGGCAAUUAUUACAUAUGUUAGAACAUGGAUUUGCACUAUAGACGACAUUUAACACCAGUCUAUGGGGUACUGCAUUGCUUUUAUAAAGUUCAAAAUAAAGAUUUAUUUUCAAACAAGUGACUUUGGUUUAUUUCAUACAUUACACUUUUUCUUGCAGAAAAAAAUAAAAUUGUACAACUGCAUAAAUAUAAAAUUCUUCCACCAUGAAAAUGGUUAAAACAUUCAAUAAAGACACAGCACCAGCAUGUGAUGCCUCCAGAGAAAGGAAAAAAGGAAAAGAAAAUGUACAGAGCAAACUAACCAGCCCUGUCACUAACCAAAGUGACAGGCGGAGCCAGAUCUCAGACACAGCUUUAGAACACACUGGAGGACCAGGGAGGAGAUGUCAAGACAGCAUUCGGUACAAAGCACAACACAACCCAUCACCUUUUUUGUGUUUUUCUGUAGUGUCACUUAAAAUUUAAAGGGCAGUUCCCCCAUGACAACCCACCCCACCCCCCAAGCCCCAGGGAGAAAAAAAAUAAAGUAAUACCUAACAUACAGGGGAAGACUAUGGAGUGUGUUAAAAUUGCUCAUUGAUGGGCCAUUACUUUUGAAAGAGCCAAACAGAAGAG